AUGAUCGGGAAGCCUUUACCACGAGCCACGAGCUCCAGGACUUCAGAUAUGCAGUCGGUAACAUCGAUGAACACAGUGCGCACGGUGAAUCUUGAGCGUCUGCGGGACAAGGCUCGCCAGAUGCAGAUGAAAGAGAGCUUGCGUCUCGCAAUGUGUGCACGACUGCAGCAGAAGCUACGCAAACCUCCCAAAGUGGCUGAACUAAUGGCGUCGGAGAUAUUGAGAAUCCUCAAGCAUCGAGGGCUUCCGGCUGCAGAUGUAUCGGACGCAGCCCUGACAGAGAUUGUCAAUGAACUCACAAUGCGCAGACAGAAACAAAUAUCGCUGGCUGCACACACAGCAAGAAAGACGUCACCACGCAACCAAGAGCAAUCGAUUCCGCCAACCAAUGGGCGUCUCUCGAGAGAGCGAAACACUGGAAGACGAUCGCCUAAUAUCAAGGAGCGCUCUAACAACAAGGUUCGGCAUGCCAAAUGCAAUGGCGUCCAUACCAGUCGACCAUUUGCAGAUGAUGACAGAUACCUCACUGAGGCCCAACUACAGCAAAAGAGUGUGGGGUUCGCACUACCGCCUCGUGUAUCUCCAAAGAAAGAGCGCGACAAUGGCAUCUGGGAGGAGAUCGUCAAGUUCAGCUCCGUAGAAGAGCAGAUAGAAGCCCAGCGUCUCAAAGAACGGAAGCUCCGAGAGCGUCGAGAGUAUACAUGCAAGCUGGAGGCACAGGUCUCACGUAAGCGCCAUGCCAGUCAACAAGAGCGCGAACAGGGUGCAGAGUUCUAUCGCCAGACCCUAGAAAAGCUUCGCGAAGCUGAAGACGAGGAACGUAAGAAGGAACAAGAACGGAUUGAACGUGAGCACCAACUCAUUUCAGUCCAGACGCAGCAGAGACUAGCAAAACAAGCUCAGAUGGAGAGAGAGAGAGCGAUUAAGAAAAAUCAGGAGCAACAGGCAGCCGAGAUGCUGGAGAAGCAGAGGAAGGACGAUUUGGCUCGCGAGAAGGCUCGGAAGGACGCGGAGAAGCGCCGUGUGGAGCAAGUUUUCCUUAAAAACGAGGCUCAACUCCAGCAGAAGCGCCUAUACCAGGCACAAGAGCGUGAAAAAAAGAAAGAUGAAGCUCGCAGGAAGCAGAUCGAGACGAUGGCGGAAAACAUCAAGAAGAAGAUGAAGAUAUUCGAUGAUACUGCCAAGGCCACUACAGAUGCCAAGGCGCGUGAGGAGGAUGAACGAGUGCAGCGUUACCAGCAAGAAUAUGCCAAGAAGCAGACUGAAGACGAACGCAAACGACGAGCAGAUGCUGAAGCUCGAAGCCAUGCGCAACAGGAAUAUCUUCGCAUACAGAUGAAGGAGAAAAAAGAGCGUGAAAAGGCCUUGAAGCGAGAUCUGAACAAGCAGGCGGAUCUAUGGAAACAAGACCGCGUCGAGGCAGAUCGUCGAGAAAAACUCGCAAAACAGCAACGAGCGAUGAGAAAUCGCUCCCAGCAGAAUGUUUUACUCGAGCAGAUGCGCGAACGAGAGCUGCGGAGUCUUCAGGCCGACCAAACUCGUCUCGAGGUGCAAUUGAAUGCUCGACUUUUGGAGAAGAUUCAUCAACAAGCUGGCGCAGCUCAAAGUCACGCGGAAGACGUCGUCUCGGAGACGCAGAAUCGAUCUCGAGAAUUGCAGGAACAGGAGCAGGCCUUGCAACAUCGACAAUCCCAGCGAGAGGUCAAAUUGUAG